AUGAUGAGAAAUUUUGCUGAAAAGGAGGAGGCCGUAACAUGGGUUAUGCGACAUGGUCUUCUAGCAAGUCAAAUGAUGUGCCAAUGCGGGUCCCCUAUGGAAUUAGGAAAUCACGUUUCCUUAGAUGGCUUUUUGUGGCAGUGUUCAAACUGGAGAUGUAAGGCUACAAAAAGUAUUCGCCACGGAAGCUUUUAUACCAAAAGCAGAAUCCCUCUGACAAAAUGUUUAUUACUGACAUACUACUGGUCGCAGGGCGACGUAAGCCAAGCUGCGGUAGCCCAAAUAACAGGUCUAAGCACUAAGAACUAUACCGGACUGGUACAACCAUUUGGUCUGAUCAGUGGACUGCAUAUAACAACAUCGUGGCAGCUACUGUUAACUGUUAACCACUCUAUAAGCUUUGUGGCCUCUAAUGGGGUCCACACCAACGGAGUCGAAAACCUUUGGCGGUGCGCCAAACAUAAAAUAAAACGGAUGAAUGGCACAUGUAAUGACCACAUGUCAUCAUAUCUUGAUGAAUUUCUGAUGAAAGCUUUAGAGCUUAUCCAUACAUACUAUCCAGUAUAAAUAUUUUUAACAUCAUUUUUAGUUUUGUACAUCAUGUAAAUACUUUAAUUUUAAUAAAGUCAAAUAAAUUUAUGUAAAAUCAAAAA